AAUAAAUAUUUCUACGAUCGUUAAAUUAUAGCCAUAACUUCACAUAUUAUUUAGUAGGUUUAUGUUUGUAUUUCUAAAAUAUGACAAGGGAAUUUAUUUAAAUUGAAAACCAGGUCUAAAUGGUUAUAAUAUAAUUGGAAGCUAUGUUUUUAGAAUUGUUAAUGUUAAGUGUAAUUUGGAUAGAAGUAAAUUUUGCUGAUGGUGAAAUAAAUAAAAAAGACAUUUAUGAAUUGGACUAUUGGUCCAGAAUACCGAAAUUCGAGAACAGAAGAAGUGCUAAUAAACCCAAUUUUAGAAAUGGCGACUUGGGGCGCAGGAUAAGGAAACCAUUACGUGACAAGGGAGACGGAAAAUUAAAUGUGAAACAAAAAUCAACCAGAAUAGACACACGUCAAGAAGACAAACAUGACCCAACACAUGUAACUAAGCCACAAGUAUCAACUAAAAUACGUACACCACCAGACGAUGGUAGCAAAGAAGAUGGGAGCGAUUCCCUGGAAUAUCUUUCUGCAUAUUCUCUGAAACAGAGCAUGGAACAAAUGUCUGAAACUCUUGGAAAAGAAACCAAUAUAACUAUUGAAGUGAUCGGGCGGACAUUUGAAUAUAACGAAAUAUUGAUUUUAAAAAUGGCCGAAAAGGCAAGUGUUAUAAGUAAAUACUUCAGAGCCAAUGAGGACAAGUACAUAGAUGAGGCACCGGAGAAAAGGAUCAUUUUUAUAGUCCAUGCUCUCACAACGAAGGGUAUCCGACAGCUGCCAUGCUUGACCCGUAAUAAGAGAUUCAUGCAAUUACUCAACUAUUAUUUAGACCACUUGGACCAGUUUGAUAUAUACUUAAUACCAGUGGCUAAUCCAGAUGGGUAUACCGAAACAUUUAAUGACCCACACUGGAUCAAAAAUAUGGCGCCACAAGGAACUUGCCACGGGGUAGCCCUUGACCGUAACUUUGACGUGGCUUGGGGAACGGUCCAAGUCACAGGGCCUUGCAGCUACAACUUCCCUGGACCCACGGCCUUCUCCGAGCCGGAGACCAGGGCCAUCAGGGACGUCCUCCACCGGUACGGUCACAAGAUCAUCGCGUACAUACACGUCCAUGCUGGAUCGUUUAUACCAAAAACUUUUAGGGGCGAAGCAGUAUUGUACCCAAAAGGCUAUACAGAGGCACAAACCGACGACGACAAAUAUAUGGACAUGAAAGGCGAGAUUGACGAAGCUAUGAGAAAUGCUAGUUUCCAAAGGAUGACAGUGACCACUGACACACUGUACCACUGGUACGGGAAGGUGGCCGGAACUAGCGUCGAUUACGCUUCCACUGUAUUUGGAAUACCGUACGCAAUGGAAUUUGUGAUGGAGACGUAUGAGGAAAAUGAACUUCAGAAGGCAGCCUUGAGUGCAAUAUGGAAGAGAGUCAUCGACGCUGUUUUUAACUUCAUACAUAAAAGAGGAGACGGAGGAGAAGCUCAACAAAAUUUAUGAAAAUUGCACAAUUUUUGUAUUUUUAAUAGAGGUAGUUCAUGCGAAGUAAUUAUUAUAAACUUUUCCUAUGAAAGCAGAUGUAAUGAAAAUUUGUAUUGUAGUAAUAUAAUAAUAUAAGAUACAUUAUAUAAUAGCAUAAGAUACAUCAUGUAAUAUAAUUAAUAAGUUCAAUAAAGGAGUUUAUCGCGGA